AUGGGCUCCCGUGAGUGUUUAUUCUCUGAGACGCACGGCGCACUUACGAGACAACGAGCCAUGAGGUGAACCUAUUCUGGUUGGCUUACCCGUGCCUUCCACCCUGCUAGGUAGUCACAGAGUUGAAGGCGGUCAGAGACAAGGUCCACAAUUCACGUAGCUGGCUGGACCCGCCUCCAUUCACCCACCCAUUUGCAAUUCGACAUUCACACGCCCACGACCGUCAAAUGUUCAUGAGCAGGCUGCGACAGCCUUGACAAGCAAACCUACACCUCUUCUAAUCCACAUCAGUAGACCAGUUGGACCACGCAAUCCUGCCUUCCCCCCCCUGCACUUAGUCUGGUACCCUUGAUUGCCAAAGAUGAGUGAACACAGCACUACAGAAACGAAGCCUGUUAGGCCCACGAGCUCGGAUAGCUCUGCAAAGGACAGCGAGAGCUUCCAGGACGCAACCGAAAAUAGUCCCCGCCUCGACUCACACUCCGACUCACAAUCCGACUCCGAAUCCGACUCUGGCUCUGAAGACUCGCAAUCACAGGCGCCCGACAGCAGGCGCGGGUCUUCAGUGCCUGCCAAAACCAACAUGCCUGCACCCGCGCCUGCAGCGUCUGGCGCGCCCGCAGCACCCAACCAGGCUAGCGAUGGAGCAGAGAAGCCGCAGGGCGAACCUGAGUCUUCGUCAGAGGAGUCCAGUGAAGACGAAGCGCCUGUAAAAUCGCCUCUGCUCACAUCGCACCGGAUAUCCAUGACAUCAGACAUGGACGACGUGUCAUUAGAGGAAGGUGCGGGGACGUCUGGCCCGGCCCCGACACUACCACCGCGAGACUCGCGAGACUCUACAGCUGCAGUGCAAGGCCUGUCUGGCAGCAUAUCUCCCGUCAAAUUUCCACCUCCACCGCCUCCGCCGACUGCGCCGUCCGCCAACCUGGGGAAGCCUGUACCCCCUACUAUGUCCAGGAAGCUAACGAGUCCCUUCGCAUGGUUGUCGCGGAACAGCUCCAACAAAAAGUCCGAAUCAUCGCCAGCGGUGCCUCCAUCCGAACGACGAAACACCAACGCCUCAAUUGCGACGCUGAAUGCAGACCACACACUGAGCAGGAUCGAGGACGAAGAUCAGCAUCCAAGUAACCGGUCGAGCCAGGGCAGCUUGCGCGACCGCUUCAAGUUCUUGAGGAUGAGGGAAGAGGCGGGCAUCACACUGGGCGAUGAGACGAGCCUUGAGGCUGCUCACGGGCGGAGUGCAAGCGUUGGUCUGGGCCUGGUCAGCACAGGAAGUGUGCCUGAGGACGAGCAUCACCCUGGACCUGCGAGCCCCCCACCUGGCUCACUCGCAAAACAGCCCACCAUUAAUCCGAAUCUCGCUCCGGGAACGGCGGCAGGAUUCGCUGCUGGGCCAGCUGGGGAUGCAGCUGAGCCAGUGGAUUGGGACCUGUGGCAAUCUGUCGUGAACGAGGGUCCUGCAGCUAUUGCACGCACCAGCGCGGAAGAACUGAACCACGCCAUAUCGAACGGCAUUCCGCAGGUGAUCCGCGGCGUCAUCUGGCAAGUGCUCGCGCAGAGCAAGAACGAGGGACUCGAGAGCAUGUACAGGGAGCUCGUAGCCCGCGGGACAGACAAGGAGGUCACGACUGCCCGAGUGUCUACUAUCAGUAACGGAAAUGGCAAAGAAAAGGACUCGGUCGCUUCGUCCUCGUCCUCGAUCCAUUCGGACUGCUCGACGCCAGCCACAACCACAGGAAGCACAAACGCCCCUCUACCCUCUCCAUCGAUAAAGUCAGAGACCUCAGAAGAGGCGAUCAAGUCGCAGGCAAAACUUGCGGCAGACAAAAAGCACAAUGCUGCUGAGGUGUCGAAACUGGAGAAGACGAUCAAACGCGAUUUAGGUGCCAGAACAAGCUACUCUAAAUACCUCAUGGCAGCUGGCCUGCAAGAUGGACUUUUUGGAAUUUGCAAAGCGUACGCCUUGUACGAUGAAGACGUUGGUUACGCUCAAGGCAUGAACUUUAUCGCAAUGCCUCUUUUGUUUAAUAUGCCCGAGGAGGAAGCGUUUAGUCUCUUUGUGACACUGAUGAACAAGUACGGUCUGCGUGAUUUGUUCGUCCAUGACAUGGCAGGACUGCACUUGCACCUCUAUCAGUUCGAGCGUCUUCUGGAAGAGUUCGAGCCUGCCCUAUACUGUCAUCUUCGCCGACGAGAAGUCAAACCCCAGCUAUAUGCUACUCAAUGGUUCCUCACUUUGUUCGCGUACCGAUUUCCUUUGCAGCUUGUUCUCCGGAUCUACGAUUUGAUAUUAAGCGAAGGUCUGGAAUCGGCAAUACUAAAGUUCGGCAUUGUACUAAUGCAGAAGAACGCCGAAGCAUUGCUGGGCAUGAAGGACAUGACGACGCUCACCACCUUCUUGAAAGAACGACUAUUCGAUGCUUACAUCGACAAGGCUCCUUCGGCAAACUCCAUCCGAGAGAACGGUUUCUUUGGUUCGACUGCAGGUGUUGAUAAGGAGGUCUAUCGAGCAGAUAUGCUUGUGAAAGACGCUGUUGCGGUCAAGAUUACAUCCGAGAUGCUCAAACAGUAUGCCACUGAGUGGAAAGAGCAACAACGGGUAGAGAAGGAGCGCGAGACGGAAUUGUCAGGGUUGAGGGACAAGGUGGCUAAAUUUGAAGCUAAGGUGCGGCUACUGGAGGGCCGCGCUGAGCAAUCCGACAUGGAACAUGUGCAGGUGGCUUCCGAACUCAUCAAAACCAAGGUCGAAAACGAGAAUCUCGCGGAAGAGAAUGAGAGUUUGAAGAUCAACGUUGCGGAGUUACAGAAGAUUGUAAACUCGCAGCCUGAAGAGAUCGAAGCCAAGCUUCAGGGUGAGAUGGAGUCUGUGAUGCAGAAGAACAUCGUAGUACACAACGAGAAUCGAGCCUUGGAGGAGCAGAUGGCGGAGAUGGAGCAGGAGCUGGUGGCGACGAAGAUGCAGUGGGCAACCAUCAACGAAGAGCACGAGACGCUCAAGCAGAAGUGGAACAGUGUCUCUCAGAUGAUGAAGAAGUAAUCACCGCUUCGGGACUCUGCGUCAGCAUUGUUGGCAUCUGGCUUGACUCGCACACAGUAAACAGUCAGCUCUGUCUCGAUCAAAGACCACAACCUACCCCCGCGGGUCAAGCGCCUCUUAUUUCAGUUCACCAUGUCUAUAUUUGCAGUCGCUGGUCAGCAAUCUCGACGGCGACCCAUCUUCUCUUUUCCACCUGCUUCGGCAGUGCGCUAACGAAGACUUGGUUAGACACGUUGUCUUUAGCAAUGUUCUCGCUUUUGCGGUUCGCUCACUUUUGGAUAACAUGCAUGGAUAUGGUAGCGCGGUUGCAAAGGAGUUCUGGCAGUAGAAAUAUCUCUACACCUUUAUCGAUUCACAAGAACUUGAUGGGCGCUGUACUAGAUUCAGUUCGCAUCACCUCAAUAGAAACAAAGCUAUGAACG